CGUGUGAGUUGUGUGUUGAUACGAGUCCUCUUGAGAACAUAAACUAGCUAUCAGUUGUUUGUUAUUUCUUUGUUUCGCUAAUUUCGCUUCGCUAGACGUACCUCUACGCUAUGGGGAAGAGGAACGAGCGGUUGCGCCUUAAAUAGCGUUGACACGUCGCACGGGCCGGAUUCGGAAGAAUCCGAAAGAAAUGCAGAUGGAAUGUGUUCGUUAUUUGAACGUCUAUGCGCUAUUGAACAAUUCACGCCUUUCGUUGUCUUCAUUCCAAUAUGAUACUUUGUUUAUUUUUCAAAACCCUUGAAAACUAAUACCUCCCUGAGUCUAGACUUUUCUUUAGAAAGUAAACUCUUUGUCCUGAAUUUAAAUGCGUCAUAUCGGGCUACUUUGAUCCUACAAUCUGAUUGGUCCGGCCAAGCACCCAGACGCCCAGCAAUACACAUUGUUAGAAAAACAUACUAAAAUGAUUUGAAUACACUUCGAUGGACGGCCAUGACAACUUUGCCGCAAUUUUAUGAUCUGAGCUUAGAAGAACGUAAGAGCUCAUAUUAUGUGACGAUAAAAACAGGGCAUGUCGAUGUGCUCUACGCCAUGCCAGAGAAUGGCGAUCCUCGCCUGAGCCAUCAAUUCUACCAUUACUCGUUCAAGGAACAUGCACAUAGGUCUGGCGAUAGACAAUACAAUACCGAUACCGAAAGACUCAGAAAGCAAACCCGUACAGCUUUGUCAGAACUUCCAUACAACAACCACAACAUAUUACAAACUUUCAGAAGGGAAUCCAGACGUUUAGAUAAGAAAUAUUACUUCAAGUCGCGUAGAUCACUAUCUGACGCGAUCAAGACAUGCUAUAAUAAGUACCUCCCAGAAUCGAAAGCACAAAGAAAGAGGCUAGUGUUCGCAUGGGUUGGCAACGACGCGAGCGCUCCAAUGCAACGAGAAAGACCACCUUGGGCAAAAGAUGUAGAUGUACCACGCGCCCUAUUAGAUCUCAAGUAUGAAGUUGUAGAAAUCAAUGGCUACAAGACUUCCACUAGAUGCAACAGCUGCAACAACCCACUAAAGCAUUGCUGGACUACCAACCGUGAUAGAACCAAGUUCAGAACUGACACUGAUCAGUCAGGCUGUGCGACAGCACGGAAUGCAGGAAUGAAAUUCCUGCUGACCUCCAAUAUCGGGUACUGAAUAUAGAUAAAGUCACACUCUGUAAUGCAACGACUAUUGUAAACUCCGUCAAAAGGCCUCAAUUUCUCAAAUACAGCUCGCAAAACCCUUAAAUUAUACCAUGCAUAAUAAUUCACUUCGAUACUAAGAAUACCGCCAAUGACCAAGCCAUUGUGAUUGGGUGGUCCAAGUCCUUAGCAUUGUAGAGUUCCAUAAUGACCUUCAUGAUGUCUCCAACAGGAUCCUCACCUGGAUGCUCCUCUACGUAUUGGUCUGUAGGUGACCAACUAUAAAUCUGGGCUUUCAAACACUGAUUCUCUCCAUCUUUAGACUUAGUGAGGAACUUAUGUCUCUCCACACGCGUUGCCCAGCUUGGAGGAUCAAUUGCAUCCAUUAAUCCGAAUGCAAUGUCAUGCUGUGGCAUGUAAUACGCCUUAAGUUUAUUACGCGCGAAAUCGAGAACAAUUUCACUAGCUUUUUCAUUUCCGAGAAGCUCAGUAUGAC